AUGAAAACUAUAAGUUGAAUAAAAGUUUUCAGGAAGUGGCAGCUAAAAAAUUCUCAGCCGGAAUUGAGACAAUGAACUUUGACAAGAACAUCGAAGCUGCGCAAAAGAUCAAUAAUUUCGUCAAAAAUAAAACAAAUGAUAAGAUAAAAGAUCUCGUCAAAGGAGAUUGUAUAAAUAAUAAAACUAGUGUCAUUUUGGUGAAUGCCAACUAUUUCAAAGGCGACUGGCUCUAUAAAUUUGAUAAAACACUCACAGAAGUGGAUGAUUUUUAUAUUAGUGAAACAAAAACAGUGUCGGCUGCUUUUAUGCAUGUUACAAGUAAUUUCAAUUCGAAAGAAUUUGAUGACUUAGAUGCCACUUCGCUAGAACUGAAAUAUACCAAUUCGAAAUUAUCAUUUGUGAUCGUCUUACCGCAUAAAAGAGAAGGUUUAUCAAAAUUGGAAGGUAAAUUGAGCAAUUACAAUUUGACAAAGCUGGCUGGCGAUUUUAGUCCCUAUGAUCGUGGUUACGAGGUGAUAUUGCCCAAAUUUAAGGUUGAAUUUGAGAUUGAAUUAUACGACAUAUUAAAAAAUUUGGGAAUGAAAGAGAUGUUUAAUGAAGAAAAAGCUAAUUUGAGUGGUCUUUUGGAAUCCAAGGAGCAACUUUAUGUAUCGGAUGUACUUCAUAAAGCUAACAUAGAAAUCAACGAAGAAGGUGCAGAAGCAGCAUCUGCUACAAGCUUGCACAUACUUAUACCUAUGAGUGCAGAUAAACAUCCACCGAGAAUACCGAAAUUUAAAGUCGAUCAUCCAUUCUUGUAUUACAUAUGGGACACGCAAACACAAACCCCUGUCUUUAGCGGUCGAAUUACGAAACCGAAUGUUGUCGAUCACACUGACAAAAAAUCAUGCACGUUUUUUGGAUUAAUUUGUUGAAGAUGGGCGAUUGAAUGUUUUGAAAAAUAUUGACUAUGUUACGAUUCAUAUAAAAAACAUAUUGCAUUAUCAUUACAUAUGUGUAAUAGAAAUAAAAAGUCGAUAAAUAUUGUCAAAAAUCACAAUAAAGUGUAAAAAAUCGAUGAUAAGAUUUUAAUCAUAAA